AUGAACAUGAAGGUCCCUGCAUACAGUGAUAGUCUUGACGAUGGAUGCGAUGCAUUUGGAGGCAACCGGGCUCCGCCCCCCAUGGUCGCCGCAGAUGAGUUGCCCCUGCAUCCCUUCUCGCCGCCGCUACUGGCCCAGCCGCAUUCGCAGAUGAGCACUCCAGUUCCACCAGCCCUGCACCAGCAUCAGCAGUUCCCACAUCAGCACCGCCAGCAGGCCUUGGCCAAUGACAUAGUGUCGCCAACCUCCAGCACGGGCUCCUCGUCCAGCCAAAAGUCUUCGCGGCGCCUGUGGAGCCCGAUGGAAGACCUGGUGUUGCUCACUCUGAUCCUCACUCACAAACAUGCACUGCCUGCCGCUUCCAACGCCAAACGGUUCUGGGAGUUCGUCAGCCAGCAGCUUCGUCAAGAACAUUCCCUGCAUCGAAACACUCGCCAAUGUCGCGACCGCUUCAACCUCCUGUACGCUCGAGGCGUCAGAAACGCUGCAUGCAACAUCGAGCCCAGCUCACACAGAGACGCUCUCACUUUGAAGAUCGCCCAAGUUUUCGAGUCUGCAGACAGAGGCCAUUAUCGACUAAGUCGAGCAUCUGAACACCCCCACUUGGGCACCCCAUACCACCUGGAAUACGCACACAACAGCGAACAGCUUCAUCAUCCUCCUCAUCAUCAUCAUCCUCAUCCUCAGCACCCUCAUCCACAACACUAUGAUGCUCAACAAAACCAGUACCAUAUCCCACAUGCCAAUGCAUACCCUAAAAUAGAGCCCGGAGCUCCUCAUAAUUUGGGCAGUCCACAUUCAGUACAUCACGAUACUGCAGAGCUUGGUCCAACGCCAGACUUCGAACACCUUGCUAAUUCAGUUACGUCUUUGGUAUCAACUUCGCAGACUUUGGCUAUGGAUUUCCAAGAUUUAUCACAAAAGUUUGCUCUAUUAUCCGACCAAGUCAGACUCAUACAAAUGCGAUUGGAUUCUUUUCGAGGACCGUACGGCAAUGAUCCGGCAGGGUCUGGUGGUUCGAGGCCAAGGCAUGAUCAGUGA